CGGUAGCGUUCGCGUUCGGUAGUCGAUUUGGUUUUUUCCGUCGCGGUCGUCUUCGGUCACAUUGGUUAUUUUUUUAAUUUUUCUGUCGAACCGUUUUAUUUUAAAACUAAUAUGGCGUCGUUUUACACGGUGUCACUGUUGCUGACCGCGGCGACGUGGUGCGUGUCCGCCAACGUUGUCGUGCCGGACUCGAACAACUCUUCGUCAGCUUCCAUUGCCGACGGUACGGCCGCGACCACGGGCCCCACGACCGCGGAGGCGCCGCCACCUCCAUUGUCACCGCCGACCAUAACGGUGUUCAACAGCAGCGGCGACGAGGGUACCGACGACAGCCGGGACUCGAGGUUCCUGAGCUUCUCGAUGGGCUCGUCAGACUCCGCGACGGCCGCGGCCACCAAUGCCCUGCAGGAGAAACAGGACGAGACCGGGACCGAUCCGAGCGCGCAUCUGGUCGACAUCUACACCGACUGUCUGAUGCAGCUGUCGUUUCCGUGCGUGCAACGCAAGCUGCUGUUGUUCCUCGACAAACUGGGCAGGAUGAAAGGUACGCGACGACAACGUCGUCGAACAGAUUCGAACAUUUAGUACACCCGACCCAAUAACCUUACACCUUAUUUAGCCUACCCUAACCAAUUCGCGUUGCGGGAACGCGGGCUCCCCGUCAAAUCAACGCUUUAUCCGUUCCAAACGCGCGAAAGUGCCGUCUCUUCUGGUUAGAUUUUCUUUUUCACACACACGCUCUGCAGUGACGCGUUUAAGUGUAGUUUGUAUUAAACUAACAGCUGCAGCGCCAUUGAAAAUUGCAUACACGAUUUAUCACCGUCAUUAAACACGCAUAGCUUCAAAAAUGAAAAACCAUAAUGUGCAUUAAAAAAAAAAAAAAAAAUUAAAUUAUAUACACACGACCUAACACGUACUAGACAUAUUAUUUUUAUUGUUUUUUUUUUUUUUUUAUGGUGGCGAGUAUUUUUUUGCAAAUUUUUUUUUCAGUAUCUCGUGAUAAUAAUUAUAUACCUAGCCAUGAUGUACAUUACGGUAACGUUAUAGGAAAAUUAUCGUACUCUAUCGGACACAUUAAGUUAUUAUCAGAAAAAAAAAAAAUAUAAAAAAUUACCUUUCACCAAAUUCGCUCCGUAUAAUUUGCGUAAUUGAUUCUCUGUGCGCGUUAUUAUACAUUUCAACAGUACCAUUUACAGGUAUUAAUAAUUCGGUGUAAAAUAUGAAUACUUACCGACAAUAUGAUAAUUUGAAGACCUAGGUGCAACGGUCUACAGAUAACUCCGUUUUUUUCCGUAUAAAAAUGCGCUUUUUGACGGCAUAAUUUACAAAAAAAAAAAAAAAAACUCGCCUUAUUCGAGCGGAACAAUCGAGCGAAUCCGAUAUAGCUUUUAAUGCGAAUCGGAGUUAGGUAAUUUUAGAAUUUUGGCGCAACAACCUUUUCCGAUACCGCGAAAAUAAUAACACAUUUUUUUUUUCCGCUCCGAGGUUUACGAUUGUAAUAUUUUAGAUUUUUUUGUGUUUGGUGUAGUUUGUAUAUAUUUACACGUACUCGUACCUAUAAUGGUUGUAUUAUUGAUAUCUGGUACCCGUAUUGUGUACCUAAUACGCGCGCACGUCUUCGGUCACGUGUGGCGGGAAACAGAGGGACAAAUCGAAAGGAGAUUGAAAUAAUGAUUCUCAAUAGCGUGCGUCUUGAAAAGCGGCUGAAAGAUAUUAAUAUAAUAAUGGUAAGUAACUUAUCCUACGUGCGUCAAACACUGCGUGUGUAAAAAGAACUGUUUUGUAAAUAUUUAUAGUCAUCGCGUCAAAACGAUUUCGCACGUGACGCUUUUUGUAAUCCCGCGUACAGCCGAUUUCUAUGGACACGUAAUAUGAUAUGUGUGGUCGCAUAUUGUGUUUUCGUUUCAAUUUGUUUCCGUCCGAAAUAAUAGAAAACCGGCAAAUACGUUUACGAACAGUGCAGCGCGUACGCAGUGUCGGACUGUAAACGCGUACCUACCUGCGCCUAGCGUCGAAACACCUCUGUUCACGAAUCCGACAAUGGGAUCUUGCCGAAGUGUAACGCCGGCGGCCGAAUGGCGCGCGUUUUCGACGGUUAUCCGUUGGCCGAUAGAUCCCCGGGUGAACAUUUAUCGCCGAUCACCGUAAUAUUAUAGGCGGUCGACGUUAUUUUUUUUCCCCCGUAAAAACGCCGACGGUAGAACCGUUGAUCGUCAUGCCGAGGAUAAUACAGCGGAAUAAGUGCGGAUAGCGGGUAUUUAGCCGGUCGGCGACCGGGCGUCUGUUCGGGUGUACAAACUCAAUAAUAUUCCGAGAGAAUCGUGCAAGGAAAUUAAAAACAUAGGCGACCCGAGAGAACGUUGACGCGUCAGUUUUCGCGGGCACGAAUCGAUUACACGACAUUAGAAAAAAAUAAAAACAAAUAACAAAACAAUGAUCGGUUUGAGAACGACGGUUCACAGAAUCGAUCGCCCGCGCGGGUUCCCGUGGAAAAUGUCGGGAAAUGUUAAGUCUGUAAGUGUGCCUGCGUAUACGGUGAAAUCGACCUUGCGCAGGUUUUCGUUUUCGGUUAGUGCGCUAAAUUUCGCAUAUAAAUUUAUAUUUUUAUCAUAAUUCCGUUUUAAUGUUAUAAUACUAACCUAUCCAUUUAUUUCGUUUUAGAUUUUAAGCGCAGCGAGGAAUUCACGAUUGGUUUUACUAUGACGUGCUUUUUCUCUGUUUAAGCCAGAAACUUCGCUUCGGUCGUCGACUGUAACCGGUGUUUAUUUUAGAACUUCGUCUCCGGGGAGCAUCGUGAAUUUUCAAGGAGGUAUGCCAAAAGCAGAGGGUGACCUAGAGAUUUUUAAACCCGGGGAAAAAUUUAGAAAAAUACGCUCUUUUUUUUUGUGGUUCGUUGAAAUACGGUUAUUUUUGUAACACGAUAUUUUUUUUAUUUUAUUGUCAACAAGAUGAUUCAUAAUCAGCCCAUAGCUCAUAUCACAUGUAGUUUACAUAUUAAGUUAAAUCAUACAUUAUCAGGGGGUUGCAUAGAUUUUUCUGUGAGAGGGUGAUACCCCCUCGGUCACCUCCCUGAAAUAAACACUGAAUGUAACAUCUUAUCAAAAUGAAAUGUUGUCUAGUCGGUGCAUUACUUAUAAUAUUAUAUUAAACCUUUCUGGACGAGGUGAAAUGUUUAAUACUUUCUGGUAAUUUUCGGGCUCAUUAAUGAUUAUUUCAGCACGUCGAUGUUCAUCAUAAAUGUUACAAGUGGUUUAAAAAAAAAAAAAAAAACCCCGAUUGUAAUGUAAUCAUUUUUUUUAAGCGUUUAAACUUUUAAAGUUCGAAUUUUUAUGAAAAUCGUGUCAUUUCAAAACGUUAUGUUUAACUAGAAAUUUAUUCAGAAUCGUUUUUCGACCCUCCCGGCAUAGUAAUUCAAUUUCAAAUGCUCAAACACGCGUCACGCGCGUUCCCCUGCGCGGCUGUAGGGGUUCCCCUCGCGGUUGUUCGCUACGUUACGCACGGGCGGUGUGUCCCGCGACGGUUUCCAUACCGCACCGCACGAUAAAACAGUACGAUAUUAUCGUAUCGUAAUAUUAUUGUAACGAUAACGUUCGAUAUCGCAUCACGCCUUCGCCUGAUUCCGUCUGUCGUCUCUGGCCGGCCAAAACGCAGCGCGGCGCGUCACAAUGCGUUCCCGCAAAAACGACGAUAAUGUCCGCGCCCGGCCGUGCACCGCAACGCCCGCCGUGCCGGACAUCGCCGUCGCUCGCAGACCGAUCCGCACGCACACCUGCCCGGUAAUAUCACGGCGAACCGUACGCGGGUAAUGUACGCGUACGUGUGUCGCGGCGAUAAAUAAUAUCGUACGGAAUGUCCGCUGUUCGCAUAAUACGCGCGCACUCGUAUCUCGCGUGACGCGUUACGGAUCGGAUUUUUCUUUCGGUGACGAAUAACAAUUCUAAUCCAAUCGGUUUUCCGUGCGUACGUCGAGGAGGAAAAAAAAAAUUAUUAUAUUCCGCGCAGUACCGUAUUUACAAUGCGAUAAAAAUAUACAAGAGUGUAUUCUAUGAUAUUGUAUUUAUAUGCAUACGACACAAUGACGUAUUGUGUUCCGUGCGAUAUUUUCCAGGCUAUACCAAGGUAAUGAGAUUCUUAUAUUAUUAUGAUAUUUUGUAUUUAUAGUUCUCACUGCUGACAGUAAGCGAAAAAAAAACAACAACCCAAAUCGAAACGUCAUCAUCGUGUUCGUACUGUGCAGCGGAAGAAAAAAGAAAAAACGCUGUAGUGGAAUGUAGUGGCCUAUCGAAAAUUCUAAACAGAUUUUAUGAUAUGAAAAUGUACUAUAAAUUAACAGAAAAAAAAAAAAAUACCCGUUGAAUUUGAGUUGAUUGAUAACAGACGUGUACGAGAUUUCGAGUGGUGCAGGUAUAAUAAUAGAGAUCAUCCAAAAUAAUAAUAACAAUAAUAAUAAUAAUAAAAAUCGAAUAAUACGUUUUAUCGUUCAAUUUCUCAUAAAAAAAAAAAACGAAUUAUAGAUAUUAAUAGAGCGCAAUAGAGACGAAUGGUGACAAAAUUAAAGGAAACCGAAAUACUAUAUUCUCUAGUAGUUUUUGGUUCGCUGAGAACUUGACACACGGUAUUAUCAAAUCUCGUCGGUGUAUUACUCGUUGUAUUAUUAUUGUUAAUCGGAUUUCUGCGUUAGGUCGGACCGUUAAAUGAUCGAACGUGACGACGAACAAAAGAAAAAUAACCGUUCAAAGGAAAAACACUGUCAUUUGCAGCAAUAAGUGUUACAAGCGUUUUAGGAAAAAAAAAAAUCGUUUUACACAUCGUAUAAUUACGAAAAUUUGGUAAGAGUGAUAAAAAAAAAAAAAAAUAGCUAAUACUGCUGAUUUGUGUGCCACUGUUUUAGAAAAGAAGUUAGAAAAUUAUGAUUGGAUAUAGGGGGAAAUUCAAUUUAAAUCUGUACGCAACGAUAAAACAUUGCUAACGAAAAACGAUUCGGAGCGAAAUGUCUUUUAUAAAUUUAUAGGCUGCCCCACGAAGGUAUACCUCUUGAAUAUCCCCGAAGAUAACAAAGAUAAUCAAAUUACAUUUUAAUUAUUUUUUCUACAUUACUCGCAUUAAUGACGACUAGAAAUAUGUAUAUUUGAAUUGAUUCAUUUUUUUUUUAUUUAUUAUUUUCGGAAAAUUUUAAGAUAGCCAUUCUGUAAGGUUUAUUUUUCUGAAAAUUUUAUCUAGAAAAUCCCGAAUCGAAUUCCCGAUCGGAGCAAAACGUCUGGUGUAAAAAAUUGUUAUUGGACAUAAGGUACACGAGUGAAAAGCCCGUGCACAAUAAAAACUAACAAAUUCCUCGCUUCGUAUAGAAUCGUAUCAGUCAGUAUAUAAAAUGUCGAUGACGUUAUAAAACCGGAACGCGGUAAUAUUAUAUUGUUACCGAACAACGAUAUGGAUAUCGGUACACGUUUGUUUUUCGCGUCCGUACCGAUCCGAUCGGCGAAAAACAUGAAAGGACGCGAAAUACGAGAGACAAUUAUUACGCAUUAAGUCGUCGUCGUCGUCGUCGCUUCGAAGACCCGCGGCAGUGUGGCGACGAGGUAUUUAUUAUUUAUUUUUCCGUCCGUUUUCACCUCCGGCAAUUGCCGCCGAAAAAAUCUUCCGCGACGGUCUGCGUCGGCACUCCGAUCGGCGAAAUUGUACACGGUGCACUACGCGAUUGUCGUAGCGAUUUUGUUUACUUUUGUUUUCGCGUUUAAAAUUAUUAUUCUAGGAGUUUUUUUUUAUUUUUUUUUUUUUUCCUCGCAGUUUAUAUUGUUAACAAUAAUAACAAUUUAAGUAUACGCGUAUACGUGUAUUGUAUAUUGUAUAUUGUAUAUAUAUAUAUAUACAAUAUACCGGGCGUGCGAAAAGGGGCCGCGGCGGCGCGGCCUCUCCUCCGCCUCCACCGCCGUCAUUCGCGACGGUUUCUUCGGCGACGGCGACGGCGUCUCGCUGCGAUUUUAAUUGGCGACAGCCGCAGCGCCGACUCGAAAAACUCGGUAACCCAAAUCGUCGGCGUCCGAAAAUAUCGUCAACCUACGAUUAUAAUAAUAAUAAUAAUAGUAAUAAUAUUAAUAACGAGCUUAACACUAUAUAAUUUCGAUUCAUAUUUUCGCGUCUUUUUUUUUCACGCCGCGGACACGCUGCUGCAGUUGUACCCGCACGCCUACGAACGCGACGACGACGGCCGUUUAUUGUUUUACCGUACCUACAUAAUUAUCGUCGUACGUUUUACGCCUUUUAAUGCGGUCACGGGGAAGACACCAUUGUGUUUUUCACGUCCCAUUCAUAUUACCGUCGGUGUCUUACAACGUGAACAUUAUAAUGUUCACGUUGUAUAGGAGGUGCCUAUAAUAGACACUCGCGUAUGCACAAAAACACUUCGUAAUGGUACGAUUUCUAUGCGAUACACCGAGCGUUUUUUCUUUCAGCUUUUCCCUCCCCCCCCUUUCCUCCGGCGUGCAAGUUUGGUCUUUUUUUUUUUUUUUUUUUUCGUCCAGUCACGCUGCCGCCACCAGAUCGCUUUUUAAAAUAGCCGCGCGUACGCGUUUUACUUUCUUCUUUCGUGUGGAAAUCACGCGCGGACGUCCCCUCGCCACCAAAACGUUCUUCCGAAAUUCCCGUAUAACAUAGCCGUAAUUUGUUUUGGCGACCGUCCAGAGAUUGAAAUGCGGUUUGCCGGUUUCCGCACAGCGUUUAAAUUACGAUCUUGUUGUUGUGGAUUUUUCGUCGUUGUCGCAACGAAUAUAAGAACUAAGAAAAAUGUCGUGUAUACACAGGGCCGACAGUGGAAAUAAUAAAACCGCACCAUCCGAACGAUUCGACUUUUAGCAUAAUAUUAUUAUAGUAAUAUACAAUUUUACUAAAUAGGCGUGUCAAAUCGGUACACCGGCAGCGGUCCGGGGCAAGGUUAAAUGCCGGUGAUUUUUUUUUUCUUUUAAGAGGCCACCGCCCUUUUGUGUUACUUAUAUUAGAUUUCUUCCGCCAUGAGUAUAAAGAUGAUCUCCGCUGCAGUAAUAAUGACGAAUUAUAUUUAGGAUUACUAUAGGUUCGGGUUGCUGCUUCGCGGCAUUUUGAAUCUAGAUCAAUAUUUUAAAAGAAAAUUACGGCAAUUAAGCGAUUCGUGUCAUUAUCAAAUCAACGCGGUGUGGUCUUCAAAAAUGGCGUAUUGAAAUCGGUCACAGCGCGGUGACAUAACUAUGCAACAUUCUGUCAAUUACCCGCCGUUGUUAGAGGAGGGAACAGAUCAGAGUGGUCGUAAAGACGAUAUUUCGGCAAACUACAAAAAUUAAAUAAUAAUAAUAAUAAUACAACAAUAAGAUUUUUUCUCUCCUAUAUUCUUAGGUUAUGUUGUUGUAUAUCUAAUCUAUUACUGAGUAAUAACUUUCUUAGGUAACCGGCCCCAAAGACAAUCCAGUAGUACAAUCUCGCAUCCAGCAAUCCGAUGAAUGUGCCAUUAAGUUUGAACCUCAUACUACAUUUUUCACAUCUUUCUCCCCGGUAUUGUUCUUUUCUGGUUCCUUUCCAAAACUGUGCGUAUGAACGGAUGUUGAUUUUGGGAAACGCUUCAAACCCGCUGUAUAGUCUUUCGUUCCUUACGACAAUAACUAUUUCGUUUCUGAAAUUAUUUUAAAUGUCAUCACUUUUUAAUUUUCAUCUUUCACCGGCUCGAAAAUCUUUCGUAUGAUUUUUCUUUCCGAAACUAAAAGUCUUUUCCCACAAUGAGUGAUUAUACCUAUUAUACUUGUCAUAUACGCUUUGUCAUCAGCAGGAUCGGUUUCCAGAGGAAUUUUUUUAAUGUCUAAUUGAUUAUUUUAUUUAUGUUCCAGGAUUCAGCGUUUUGGGCGAUCUGCUGUCGGUGGUCAGGAUCAAGAGGGACAUGCGCCCGCCUCUAAACGAGACGGACCUAAUGGCCCGACUAAACACGGUGGACGAACAGAGCGCUCUGUCCGCGCUCAUGGAACACACGCUCGACCGUUUCAUCGGUUCGCACAUACUCCGGAUCACGUUGCCACCCGGUAUCACGGCCGCACUCAAGGGCAAAGCCCGUUCCAUAUCCGGCAACACGUUGGACAUAAAUCUGUCACGGUCCAUAGAAGAAGGUAUAUAAAUCACGAUGCUACUCGACUGUCCGUAUGUAGAAAGAUUCUGUAGGGGGUGGGAAGUAGGGCCGUUCCAUAAAGAGAGCGAUAAAUCCUUUCGUAAAUCACAAUUUAUUCGUUUUUAAAGUCCUUACGCACGCGCCGCCGGCUCAACGGUUGGCUGGUCUUCAGAUUAUCGAUCCGCCGAAUAUUAUAACAUAAUAAUAUUCAAUUUGUAUACAAAUUUGUGCAACGUUUUUACUAUAGUGAUUCGAUUUUACUGAAAAACGGUCAGAUACCCAAUUACGACAGGGUAAAAUACAAACAUGUGCAAUAUUAUAAUAAGAAAAUACAAAUUACACUUAUAAUUUUGGAGGCACCGAAUCCUAGGCUUGGUAAACCACCGAGACGACCUCCGAUAUGAUCACAAAUCCAAAAAAAUUAGGGAACGUGGUCCAACCGGUGGUCCACGAACUACCAGUAGUCCAUAGUCAUUUCAUUAGUGGUCCACGGUGCCAACGAUUUUUUUUUUUCGGAAUUUUUUACUCCAAAAAUUUGAAAUAAACAACUCAAUGCAGCGAAAGAUUACACACUGAGCAAUAUCUUAUAUUUAACUCAGAGGCAUUACGUUACUUCUGGUAUUUUAUACAACACAUUUGUGUGAGCAUGAAUUUUUGAGUCUGCUCACAAUACAAAAAAAUCAAAGGAUUCGGAAGGACACAAAUAAAAAUAUGCAUUGUACGAAAAACAGUAUCCAUCCCAAAUUGUAAACCUUUUUAAAAAAGCCAAUCUAAUCACAUAUUGAAAAACGCCUGUAAAUCUUUGAAAAAAGUGAUCUUUGAUUAUGAACAACAAAAAAAAAAAAACAACAAAGUGGUCCGUGAUUUUUAAAAAGUUCCUCUAAGUGGUCUGUACAAUCAAAAAUGUUGGUAAACACGUAUUACAGAGUGUUCUAAAAUUUCGGAAGAGUGAUGAUAAUUUUUGAUUUUUAAAUACCACUGUGACCGUACAUUAUAAUAAACUGUACCUACCUAUUGAACAUUUUUUAGAUGAACAGUGAAUUUUUUUAUUUCUAUUUGUUUACGUAUUUUUUUUUCCUAACAUUUUUAUUAUUAUAUAGCAAUUACGGCGCGCGCGAUAUCUGACCUGGAUGCGACUUUUACAGGCCACCGAUCACAUAAAUUACCAUUAAAAUAAUAAUAAUAAUAAUAUGCAACUAUAAUAGUACGGUACGCACCUAUAGGCCGUAUACCUACAGAGUGGAUCGAUUACCGCGUUUAAAACCGUAGUUUAGUGUCCCGUACAAAACUCCAUAUACGCGCCAUUAUUUCGUCAAAACCCUGACGAAUCGACUCGUUAAAUUUACUAUAAAACGUCGAUUAUUUCAUUAUUACAAUCGACUCACCGGCCCGGUGACGGCAUAAUUAUUAUUAUCUUUAUGCUUUCCUCGGGAAAUCUGCAAAAAAAUUAACACCGUUCAUAAUCCGAAACGUUGACCGUCGUCGUCGCGGACCCCGGUAAAAUCUCGUGAUAUUAUAAUAGUUGUACAUAGGUCCAAUGUUGAAUUUUCACUUUUGUACUGUAAUAAUAUAUAUAUAUCGUAGUAAUCGGCCGCGGAAAUCGGAUUCGGAAUAUUAUUUUAAUAUUCGAAAAUCCAUAGUGCAAAACACGACGACAGACUAACACUUUUAUUUUUCCAUCGUUAUAAAUUGGAAUAUUUUUCGGAAAAUCGUCGACAAAACAAAACGUAUAGAUUAUUAUAAUAUUAUUAUUAUCGGCGUGAACUAUGUGUGAAUAAUUAUGUUACUUUCAAAACGAACACGCGGUAAACGGAAUACCGUAUUGAAUGUGUAUAUGCGUGUGUAAUGAGACGAUUUCGUUUUUCAUAUUAAACUCGACAGAAUUUCGUACGCCGUUUUCAUAAAAAAUGAAUUCGGCAAUUCAAACUCUCUCCCUCGAAUACACUUGUCGCGUAUAGUAGAUGAUGAUGAAUUGAAAAUAAAAUGUUAUGAUUUUUGAAGUUUAACAUAAAUAUACCUCAUCGGCGCAAUCAAAUCCUUAAUAUCAUUUGUUAUUAUUUUGUGUAUUUAACAAAUCAGGACGAGGAAAAGGUAAAAAGUACAAGAAAAUGAUGCAAAUGAUGAUGAUGGGACUGAUGGGCAAGAUGGCACUUAUGGGCCCGCUAAUGAUGUUGAUGAUCAAAGUGAAGGCCAUCAAAGCACUGUUGUUGAGCAAAUUAGCCCUGUUGAUGAGUCUCGCUCAGUUGAUGAGAGGCAAAAAGGGCGGCGGAGGUGGAGGACACGGUAAGCCACGCAUUAUUAUUAUUAUUGCUUUGAAAACCUCGACGCGGCCAGUGAAAUCUACAGAAAUCGACAGGUCGAACUCGCAGUGCAUCGAAUACUAACACCGAUUGUUAUUACUUAGGCAAAGAAGUGAUUAUCGUCCACGACAGCCAUGGAGGAGGCGGUAGCGCCGACUACGCAGCGGCGGCGCCAGCCGGAUGGAUCUCCGGUCACACGGCAACCGGUUGGUCGACAGGCGGCGGGGCAGAUAGCUACUCAGCGGGAUCGCACAUAGGCGGCGGUGAUACGUCGUACGCCGGAGCCCAAGACACUUAUGCCUCAGGUAAAAAAAAAAUGAAAAACAAAAAGAGAAUUUGUUUUGGAACCAUAGUAAUUAUUUACUUAUAAAUGUACAACCAAUAACACCACCGGGAACAUUUGGGGGGGGCAGGUUUUUCUUUGAUACUCCCUGGAAAUAUGCCACUUAGUCAAUCCUGGCCCACUCGAUACUGUAGCCAUACAACCGUGGUAGUUGCCAUCACGAUACAUUUUAUCACAAGACUCGUUUUUACGAAAUUCGUAAAAUUGUAUAGAACCCGUAAGUUCCCAAAGUCAUCUGUCGUGACACCGGUGGCAACGGUGUUGGUAAUUUUCCAAGUCGGAAAUCUUUAAUGAAAUUAUCACUCACACUAUGACAAAAAGUUAGUUCAGAUUUAGUUGAUGAAUUUGUUUACUGUUUAUUUUAUAUACACAUAUGAUAACAUCUGUGGAAGAUCCGCCACAAACGCCGAAAACGAUCUUCCAUUAUUGUUUUUCGGUGUAACACUUGAUGCCAUCGCAUAACAAUUCGAAACGUACGAUAUGUGUCCACACUGUGAUGUUUGUCAUCGCUCUCAAUAUAGUCGCUCUAUCAACAGUCUGUCACGUAUGCACGAUAGCGCAUAAGUAAAAAAAUAACGUGUAUACCAAUUCCGUCCCUAAAAAAAAAAAAAAAAAAAAAAGAAGGUUAACUAACAAAUUAAAAUAUUACUAUAGGUAUGUCAGUACAAUAAAAGAACCGUAAAUCCAGACACGCAGACGCACAAAUAAUAACUGAAAAGUUUAAUAGUUAAAUUGUAUUAUUUGUAUUUCUAAAUAAUACAGUAUUAUUAAAUUCGAUUAUCUGGUGCGAUAACCGAAAGCAAUACUGUUCGGUAUUUCUAAAUAAUAUAAAAUUGUUAUCGCAGUCGUACGUUUCAUACUGUACUAAUAUAGUGUGGAACACGCGAAAAGGGACGGAACUCGUAUAACCAAUGUACAAAUUACACGGAACGGAAUCGGUAUAUCCAUUUGGAAAAAAAAAAAAAAAAAACCCCCGGGGGACGGGACUAUAGUAUAUUCUCGAAUUCAAAUUCUACGUUCGGGACUCGGAUACAGUGGCCUAGCCAAUGGGGAUGCCUUUUUUUUUUUAUUUCCCUCUUGUCGCGCGCGCCGUCCGGCCGGCCAGCAGCGAAUCCGGUGUGCGCGUGCAUUAAAACAAUAUUUAUGAUUAUGAAAGAGUAAAUAAAAAAAACGCUAUUUGUCGGUGUGAACAGGUGCCGGAGCGCCAAGCGGUUGGGCCGCCGUCAACGGCCACGGCGCCAGCGGUUGGGCGAGAAAGUCGAUGGUGCACGAACCGCACUGGGUGGCCUACAGGGCGUACAUUCCCACGCCGGAGGACCAGGACCGCGGCACCGAAAAGUGAUUCGACGGUCCUACCGAGUCGUCGGAGCGCCGCGUGAUCGCGGCGGAGACGCACGCAUCACGCGCAGCAACAAUAACAAUAAUGUAUACGUGAAAAAACUAAAAAAAAAAAAACAAAAAAAAAAUUAAAUUAAAUUAAAUUAAAUUAUUACUAUCCGCUAUAUUAUGUACGAUAUCAAUUGUCAAUUAUACGCUUAACACGCGAAUCGUUUCUCUGUUGAGCGGUCGCGUCCCCCGCGGACGCGCCCGGAAACGUGCGUAACGACGGCGUGUUCAAUGCGCGCGCGGGGCCGGGGUCGAAACGGACGCCCGUCGCUCGUCGGGAAAAGGUCCGGCGGGGAAAACGAUACCGCGUGAAAAAAGUCCGAUUUAAUUUGUCCCGUCGUUGUCACCGUCACAUCACACAAGCCCCCGUCCGAGCGCUGAGAUGUUUUUUUUUUAUCGAGAACACGCGGGUGUCGGGCGACCGGAAAUAACCUCGCCCGGGCGGCCGUCCGUGAGCAUUGGCCAAGCGAAAACUCCCCCGGAGUCAUCUGCCCGCGGGGCGCGAAUCCGUUCGCGUCCGUUGUGAGUUCCGCGUCGCACUUUUUCCACCGUUAUUAUCGCAGCGUGAUUUCCGUCCGCGAUUUUUUUUUUCCCGCGUACUCACGACCACGCACUAUCGAUUUUCCGUGUCGCGACGGUUCGGACUGUUCUCCUCCCUCCCCCCCCCAAAAAAAAAACAAACAUUUAAAUCGGACUUUCUUUACGCGAGGGUACAUUCUUUCCGACGGACUUUUCCUCCCAGUUUUUUUCGCGGUCGUUCGCACGGCUUGCACACCGGUCGUAAUACUAUUAUUAUAUCAUUUGUUAAGCGUACAGCGUACGCGUGACUAUUGGAUAUUACGCGACGGAAAAAAUGCGUGCGUUUUCGCCGUAAGGAAAUACAUUUUAUGCGUCAUAAUAAUACGCAAUAUAUUUAUAACCGUCACGUUAAUUUAUUUGUACAUAUUUUAUUUAUAUUUUUUCAUGUGUUUUCAUCGUAGUUUUAUGCGUUAAACGUAUUAUUUUAUUAUAUAUUUUAUGCAUGUAUUGUCAAAUAAUCGUAUAAUAUUAUAUGUGUCUUGAAAACUAAUAGGUGUUUAAGAGUUCGCAUUUUUUCCAAUGGAUUCUUUUGUAAAAAAACACGUUAUAUUUAUUGCGGCGGCGGUUCUUGUAUACAAUUGGUCCGUCAUCAAUCCGUCCACCAUCCGCGUUUUCCUAGUUCCUGGACCCAAUUACGCAUAUAGAAACUCCGGGUUUUCGCAGACGAUCCGC